GCGCCGGAGGGCUCUUCGCGUCCUGGUGCGCAGGCGCCGGGGGAGCUGCCCACCGAAGUAGCAAUGGACGCGCUCGAGUCGUUGUUGGACGAGGUGGCCCUCGAGGGGCUUGAUGGCCUGUGUCUGCCUGCGCUGUGGAGCCGUCUGGAGACGCGAGUGCCGCCCUUCCCCCUGCCUUUGGAGCCUUACACGCAGGAGUUUCUGUGGAGGGCCCUUGCCACGCACCCGGGCAUCAGCUUUUAUGAAGAGCCUCGGGAGCGACCCGACCUCCAGCUCCAGGACCGAUAUGAAGAGAUUGACUUGGAAACCGGAAUUCUGGAGUCCCGGAGGGACCCUGUCGCUCUGGAGGAUGUCUACCCCAUUCAUAUGAUCUUAGAGAAUAAAGAUGGCAUCCAGGGCUCUUGCCGGUACUUUAAGGAGAGGAAAAACAUCACCAACGACAUCAGGACCAAGUCUUUACAGCCCCGCUGUUUGAUGGUGGAAGCCUUUGGCAGGUGGGGGAAGAGACUGAUCAUCGUCGCCUCCCAGGACAUGCGCUACCGUGCCCUGAUCGGCCUGGAGGGCGACCCCGACCUGAAGCUCCCUGAUUUUUCCUACUGCAUCUUGGAGCGCUUGGGCCGGUCCCGGUGGCAAGGGGAGCUCCAGCGCGACCUCCACAGCACCGCUUUCAAGGUCGACGCUGGGAAGCUCCACUAUCACCGGAAAAUUCUGAACAAAAACGGGCUCAUCACGAUGCAGUCACAUGUGAUCCGGUUACCCACCGGAGCCCAGCAGCACUCCAUUCUCCUCCUCCUGAACCGCUUCCAUGUGGACAGGAGGAGCAAGUACGACAUCCUCAUGGAGAAGCUCUCGGGUGUGCUGAGCACGCGGAGCAACCAGAUGGAGACCUUGGGCAGGCUGAGGGAAGAACUGGGGCUGUGUGAAAGGACGUUCAAGCGGCUGUACCAGUACAUGCUGAACGCCGGCCUCGCGAAGGUGGUGUCUGUCCCCUUGCAAGAGAUUCACCCUGAGUGUGGACCUUGUAAGACCAAGAAAGGGACGGACGUCAUGGUGCGCUGCCUCAGGCUGCUGAAGGAAUUCAAACGCAAGGUCGAGGACGACCACGACCAGGAUGACGAUGAGGACGAGGAGGUCAUCUCCAAGGGAGUGCCCCCGGUGGACAUCGUGUACGAGCGGGACAUGCUCACGCAGACCUACGAACUCAUUGAGCGCAGAGGCACAAAAGGAAUUUCCCAGGCUGAGAUCCGAGCGGCCAUGAACGUGGGAAAGCUGGAGGCCAGAAUGUUGUGUCGUCUUCUUCAGCGAUUCAAGGUUGUCAAGGGUUUCAUGGAAGACGAGGGGCGGCAGCGCACCACCAAGUACAUCUCCUGCGUGUUUGCGGAAGAGAGUGACCUCAGCCGGCAGUAUAAGAGGGAGAAGGCCCGGAGCAAGCUGCUGGCCACCGUGAGCCUGGCCGCUGUGCCGGAGGUGGAGGACAGCCUCCUGUCCGACUCGGACAGCGAAGAGGAGCGCGGCAGCAAGAGGAGAGGCAGGCUGUCCCAGGGCGACGGGAGAGGCUGCUUCGGCGCUGGUCUGGGGACCCAGCCUCAUCACUCCACCCCAGCGAAGGGUGGCUGGAAAGUAAGCCUACCCCCACUGAAGAAGAAGCUGCCCUCCUCCCUGGCAGCCGAGGAGAAGGCCUGCCCGAGCUCCAUGGGCAGGGACAGCUUCCUGGACACCAGCGCCGCCGCAUACCCCGGCGCACCCUUUGGCUCCCACCGCAUGGAGAGUAGCAGUGGCGACAUCACCAUGAUCGAAGAGGUCAGGCUUGAGAACCCGAAGGAUGGUGGCAGCUCCCAGAAGACAGGGAAGCACGGCCCAGGCCCAGACAAACCCCACGAGACUUACCGGCUGCUCAAACGCAGGAACCUGAUCAUAGAAGCCGUCACCAACCUGCGCUUAAUUGAGAGCUUAUUCACGAUUCAAAAAAUGAUCAUGGAUCAAGAGAAGCAAGAAGGCGUGUCUACCAAGUGCUGCAAGAAGUCCAUUGUCCGCUUGGUGCGGAACCUGUCUGAGGAAGGCCUCUUGAGACUGUACCGGACUACGGUUAUUCAGGAUGGCAUCAAGAAGAAGGUGGACCUGGUCGUGCACCCGUCCAUGGACCAGAAUGACCCACUUGUGAGGAGCGCCAUUGAGCAGGUGCGCUUCCGGAUCUCCAACUCCAGCAUGGCGAACAGGGUUAAAGUAGUCCAGCCUCCAGCACCUCAAGCAGAAGCCGAGGAAGAAAGUCCAGAAAAAGAGGCUCCAAGUGUGUCGGGAGACUCUCAGCUAAGCACGUCCUCCAAAUCAGAAACUGGACGGGUGAAAAAGACAGAUGAGAAGAUGGGCAUCACCCAGCUGAAAAACUACCACCCUGUUGUGGUUCCAGGACUUGGCCGUUCGCUAGGGUUUUUGCCCAAAAUGCCUCGCCUGCGGGUAGUGCACAUGUUUCUGUGGUACCUCAUCUACGGGCACCCUGCCAGCCACGUGCGGCCGAAGCCGGGCCCCAGCGGGGAAAGAAGAUCAGGGAGACAGGAGCCAGGCAGGGUGGGGGCCCGGCCCCUCUCCAGAGCCUGCGUGGAGGCCUCCUCCAACGGCCCACCCAAGGACAGCCUAGGCGGAACCUUCCUGGAGACUGAACUGGAGCCCCCCACAGAGAAGGUGUAUGUGGACGAAGCCUCGUGGAUGCGCUAUGUCCCUCCCAUCCCAGUCCAUAAAGACUUCGGCUUCGGCUGGGCACUCGUCAGUGACAUCCUUCUCUGCCUGCCCCUUUCCAUCUUCAUCCAGAUUGUGCAAGUCAGUUACAAGGUAGACAACCUUGAGGAGUUUCUGAACGACCCUCUGAAGAAGCACACGCUGAUCCGCUUUCUCCCCAGGCCUGUCCGACAGCAGCUCCUGUACAAGAGGCGUUACAUUUUCUCCGUAGUGGAGAACCUGCAGAGGCUGUGCCACAUGGGGCUCCUGCAGUUCGGCCCCACAGAGAAGUUCCAGGACAAGGACCAGGUCUUCAUUUUCUUAAAGAAGAAUGCGGUCAUUGUUGACACCACCAUCUGUGACCCGCAUUAUAACCUGGCCCGCAGCAGCCGGCCCUUCGAACGGCGCCUUUACGUGCUGAGGUCCAUGCAGGAUGUGGAGAGCUACUGGUUCGACCUGCAGUGCGUCUGCCUCAACACCCCUUUAGGUGUGGUACGCUACCCGCGCGUCAGGAAGAACAGCACCCAGGAUGAGGGCACCGACGAGGAGGGCAGUCUGCAGAAGGAGCAAGAGAGCGCCAUCGACAAGCACAACCUGGAGCGCAAGUGUGCCCUGAUGGAAUACAGCACGGGGAGCCGUGAGGUCGUGGAUGAAGGCUCGAUCCCCGGGGACGGGUUGGGGGCCGCUGGGCUCGACUCUAGUUUCUAUGGGCACCUGAAGCGUAACUGGAUCUGGACCAGCUACAUCAUCAACAAGGCCAAGAAGGAGAACACUGCUUCUGAAAACGGGCUCAUGGUGAGACUCCAGACGUUUCUGUCCAGGCGCCCGUUGCCACUCGUUGCUGGAGGCGGUGGCAGGCUGAACAUCUGGGGGGAAGCCAGAGCAGGACCUCCACUCUGCGCCGACAGGGAAGAGCAGUUCGAGAUGGACCGAGAGCCCACGCUGGACCGGAACUGGAGAGUGAGGGGUGGGAAAAGCCAGAAGCGGAAACGGCUGAAGAAAGACCCUGGAAAGAAGAUCAAGAAAAAGAAAAAAGAAGAGUCCCCCAAAGAGAAAAACCGGAGGCUGCGUUACCACGAUGAGGCCGACCAGAGCGCGCUGCAGAGGAUGACCCGGCUGCGUGUCACCUGGUCCAUGCAGGAGGACGGGCUGCUCAUGCUGUGCCGCAUCGCCAGCAACGUCCUCAAUGCCAAGGUGAAGGGCCCGUUUGUCCCCUGGCAAGUUGUGCGGGACAUUUUGCACUCAACCUUUGAGGAGUCCCUGGAUAAAACCUCCCAUUCAGUCGGACGAAGAGCUCGCUACAUAGUCAGAAACCCCCAGGCCUAUCUGAACUAUAAGGUCUGCCUGGCCGAGGUGUACCAGGACAAAGCACUCGUCGGGGACUUCAUGAAUCGGAAGGGUGACUACGAGGACCCGAAGGUUUGUGCCAACGAAUAUAAAGAGUUUGUGGAGAAGCUCAAGGAGAAAUUCAGUUCAGCCCUCAAGAACCCUAAUCUUGAAAUCCCAGACACGCUCCAGGACCUGUUUGCCAGAUACCGAGUUUUGGCGAUUGGAGAUGAAAAGGAUCCGACCAGGAAAGAGGAUGAACUUAAUAGCGUGGACGACAUCCACUUCCUGGUGCUGCAGAACCUGGUGCAGAGCACGCUGGCGCUGUCAGACAGCCAGAUGGAGUCCUGCCGCUCCUUCCAGACUUUCCGCCUGUACCGGGAGUAUAAGGACCACAUUCUGGUGAAGGCCUUCAUGGAGUGCCAGCGGAGGAGCUUGGUCAACCGGCGCCGCGUCAACCACAUGCUCGGCCCGAAGAAAAACCGGGCUCUGCCCUUCGUGCCCAUGUCUUACCAGUUGUCCCAGACCUACUACAGGAUUUUUACUUGGCGAUUUCCAAGCACCGUCUGCACGGAAUCGUUCCAGUUCUUCAAGAAACUCCUGGCUGCCGGCAAGUUGGACCAGCCUGAUAAUUUUUCCUUCAAAGACCAGGACAAUAAUGAGCCUGCACGUGACAUGGUGGCAUUUUCUCUGGACGGCCCCGGGGGACACUGUGUGGCCGCCCUGACCCUCUUCUCCCUGGGCCUCAUUUCCGUGGAUGUCCGGAUCCCAGAGCAGAUCGUGGUGGUGGACAGCUCCAUGGUGGAGAACGAGGUCAUUAAGAGCCUGGGGAAGGACGGGGGCUUGGACGAGGAUGACGACGACGAGGAAGACUUGGAUGAGGGCUCUGCGGGCAAGCACCGGGCCAUCGAGGUGAAAGCCCGCCAGGCCUCCCACACCAACUACCUGCUGAUGCGCGGCUACUGCGCGCCCGGCAUCGUCAGCACCCGCAACCUGAACCCCAACGACAGCAUCGUGGUGAACUCCUGCCUGGUGAAGUUCCGGCUCCGCCGCACCCCCGCGCCCACCCGGCUCUGGCCCGUCGCCACGUCCCUGGAAGAGCUCCCAGUGGGAAUAUCCUGCCUCCCCGACACGUUCACCAGGCUCAUCAGCAGCCAGGAGGGCCCCUGCGGCCUGGAGGAGUUCGUCCACCAGCUGGAGCUGUCCGGCUACGAACCCGGGGACGUGUGCGCGGCACUGGAGGUCCAGGGGGCCAUAGCGGCCACGGGGUGCUUCGGGGUGGACCGAGUGGAGCUGAGCAAGUGGUUCUCUGCCUUCGAGAGGACAGACAGCGAGCGCACCAGGACCUUCGCUGACUACAUCCAGGACCUCCUGGAGCACCACCAGGUGGUGGAGGUCGGCGCCAACACGGUUCGCCUGGUGGCCAUGGCCUCUGCCCAGCCCUGGCUCCUGCACUCAGUGCGGCCAAAAGGCAAAAAGGAGGAUGCAGAUGCUCAGAGAGCAGACCCCCGGGGCCCCCGGGGCCCCAAGAGGCGUGCCAGCUGGACAAGCAGCGACGUGGCCCGUGCAGGCGGGGACACCGACCUGGAGAGUCCCCAGAAGCCCCCCGCUAAGAGGCCCACGCUCCAGGAUGUGCGCUUGUCCCUGAGCCCCGGAACCAGAGCAGCAGAACAACCAGAGGCCCCUGCGCGAGCCCCGCCAGCAGCUCCCGGGGACGCGGAUGUGCAGGAGUCCAGCCCAGGGGCGCCCGAGGCCAGCCAGGAGCACCGAGAGGACCUCGGGGUGCCCAGCCCUCUCAGCCAGGAGCUGCUGAGCUGUCAGGCCCAGCUGCCACAGGGAUCGGAAGACCCCAGAGGUUCGGCAGAGAGUUCCGUGGCCGCCAGCCUGUCCCAAGCAGCAUGGGAAAAGGACGGCGAGGGCGUCUCAUUCGUCGCCCGCCCAUGGCGCAUCGUGGAUGGCCACCUGAACGUGCCGGUGUGCAAGGGCAUGAUGGAGGCCGUGCUCUACCACAUCAUGACCCGGCCCGGUGUCCCCGAGAGCUGCCUGCUGCGGCACUACCAGGGUGUGCUGCAGCCAGUCGCCGUGCUCGAGCUGCUGCAGGGCCUGGAGUCCCUCGGCUGCAUUAAGAAGUGCUUGCUGAGAAAGCCCGCGGCCGUCUCCCUCUUCUCCCAACCCGGGGUGCAGGAGGCCCCGGCGCCCUCCAGCCUGAGUGGGAGCCCCACGGUGUUCUACGAGCCCACGUUGGACUGCACCCUGCGCCUGGGCCGCGUGUUCCCCCAUGAGGUCAACUGGAACAAGUGGAUCCACUUAUGAGGCACGUGUGGCCACCACGACCCCCCUCCCGCACGGGCCCCCUGAGGUGGGAGUGACUGGGGGACGGGGCUCCACUUUGCCCAGCGCGCCCACCCUGUGCACAGGGGCAGGUCUGUGCCAAGGGAGCGCUCCCCCGGGCUGGCCUUUCCGCCCUGCUAGGUCACAGCGCGGCCUGUAAGGGAGCCCCUGCCAGGAGACCGGCCCGCUCUCCCCCUCUAGUUCCCGGGGCACGGCCCUCUCUGGCAGCUGGAUGGUGGCGAGUCCAGACGGCCCAAGCGGGCCUGGACUUGGGUGGCUUCCAAGCUGCAGCCACCACUGGGAAAGAGCCACCUGCCUGGCACCAGGGUCUCCUGCGGCCCUCAGCCUUGUCCUUUGGCCACAAGGGGUCGGGAGCUCGCGUUGCUCACCCCUCCAUUGCAGAUGGCGGCCACCAUGGUGCCCCUGGGCGGCAGGGCCCCGGCAGGGACUUUCUUGCUCCAGGCGGGACACCUGACCGAGCCCCCGGAGAAGAGCCCGCGUCCCUCUGCAGCCUGGCCAGCCGCCCGCAGGCCUCGGCGGGGCGGGCACUGCUUCCUGCCGCUGCAGCCCAGGGGCCACGGAGGCCUGGGAUCUGUGUGCUCUUUUCACCUUUUCUCUUAAAAACAAAAAAAAAAACAUCUCUUGGCAUGUAUUUAUUUUGUGUUUUUUUUUUUAAUUAAAG